AUGAAGUCCUUAAGGAACUACGCCAAAGCCUCUGAUCUCUGGGAACAGGUCAUCCGGGACCACCCGACAGACUUGUUGGCCCUGAAGUUUUCCCACAAUGCCUACUUUUACCUGGGUCAUCUGGAGCAGAUGCGGGAUUCUGUGGCUCGACUUUACCCCUUUUGAACACCUGACAUUCCCCUUAACAGCUAUGUGAAAGUAAUCUAUGCUUUCAGACUGAUGGAAACCAACCCUUAUGACCAGGCACAAAAGCUUGCCAAAGAGGCUUUGUCUAUAGAGCCAACGGACACGUGGUCAGUGCAGACUAUGGCCCACAUACAUGAAAUGAAAACAGAGUUCAAAGAGGGGCUGGAGUUCAUGCAGCAUUCCAAAGGCCACUGGAAGGACUCCGAUAUGCUCGCUUGUCAUAGUUACUGGCACUGGGCCCUGUACCUGAUUGAAAAGGGAGAAUACGAGACCGCACUAACCAUCCACGACAACCAUAUCCUCCCCAUCCUGAAGGCCAGUGGUACCAUGCUGGAUGUGGUGAACAGCUGUUCCAUGCUCUACCGUCUUCAGAUGGAAGGGGUGUCUGUUGGCCAGCGGUGGCAGGCUGUUCUACCUGUGGCCAAGAAGCAUACCUGAGAUCACACCCUUCUGUUCAACGAUGCUCACUUCCUGAUGGCCUCGCUGGGUGCACGGAACUCCACACAGGAGCUACUGACCACCCUGCAGGAGGCCAGCAAGUCCCCAGGGGAGAACUGCCAGCACCAGUUGGCGAAAGAUGUUGGGCUGCCCCUGUGCCAGGCCCUUGUGGAGGCUGAGAACGGAAACCCUGACCGAGUCUUAGAACUCCUCUUUCCAAUCCGAUACAAAAUUGUCCAGAUCCGGGGCAGCACCUCUCAGAGAGAUGUCUUCAAUCAGCUGCUGAUUCAUGCAGCCUUAACCUGCACCUCCAGCGUCCAUAAGAAUGUGGCCCGGAGCCUUCUGAUGGAGCAUAACGUCUUGAAACCCAACUCACCCCUGACUGAACAGAUGAUCCGCAAGGCAGCCGCCCUCCAUCUUAUGCAGUGACAACCUUCAGGUCCUUGGCCUACAGCUCAGCACUGACCUCCUGGCGUUAGGUUGACUGCCUGGUUGGGUUAGGGUUAGGAAACAGCUGGGUCUGUUUGUCAUAGGAUAAAAGUUCAGUCCUGAGCAAAAUUCUCCAAAUCAGUAGUUUGGGAGAAAUAGGGAACACAAGUUAAUUUUGAA